AUGUACGAUCGUUUUCCGGGAGCGGACAUAGCUCCCAAGACCGAUGACUGGAUGCGGGCCGGGAGCGGUGGCGCCACCCAGCACCACUUGCUUCGACACUCUUUGCCCACCGACAACAAGGGUGCAACGGCUCUAUCUCACUUUGGGGCGGCCACUGUGGCGGAAGCAGGCAAGACCAUCAAGCGCAUGAGUCAGCGUGACCUUCAGAACACCUUUCGUGCGGUGUACGGGACAAGAACAUUCAGCAAUAACAACAACUGGCUCCGCCGCAAGCUGUGCGAGGCCAUCGGGAUCGAUCCUGGCAAGGGUCCCUCCGCCAAGCGGUCGUCCAAUGCAGCAACCACGCACUCAAAGGCGAAGCGCCGCAAGUCUGUGGCUCCGAAGGCGCACGCCAUGUCCCCUGAGGACGCAGCGCAGGCCCUGCUCACCCUGGGAGAGAGUUCCAGCUGGGACGGCGACAGCUAUUACGAUCGUGGCAGCAGCCGAAGUGCCGCCACCGGGCCACCUGCGGUGGGGCUGGAGGAGCUGCAGCUGAGCAUGAGCAGCCAGGCCGAUCAGACGAGUGGCGCCGGCGAGGAGGCCUCCGUCCAUCGUACCCAGGCGGCCGAGGUCUACGUGCUGCCCGCCCCAGAAGCGCACAUCCUGGCGCUGCAGCACGCCGUCCCACGGACCGGCAUGCCCGCCUGGGUGUCGCCCGAGCUUCUCAUGCAGCUGCGCAUGCUGCUGGACUCUGGCGGCUACCUGGCCAGCGGCCAACCUCCCGCCACCAGCCGCCCCGCCUCACGCCACCAGCCGUCGCUGCGGGGCCCCGAGCAGCGCAACGACUGGGAGGCGGUGGCGCGGGCGGGCAUCCCCCUGCGCGCCAUCCCGCUGCCCCUCUCCGGCGUCUCCCCCUGGGACACGCAGGGCAAGCCCAUGGUGGGGCCGGGGAACGGGGCCGGGGCCGACGCCGCGCCGGUCGUGGUGCUGGGCGGCAGGUCGGGCGCCGUGUCGCCCGGAGUGCGCGUGUUCACCUCCUGA